AUGGCUGAAGCUUCCACCAGUGCCGCGGCACCGACCGUCAAGUCGACCCAUCAUACCGUCGCCGUUGGCCUGCACGAAGCUGUCCUCGACUCCCCAACCUUUCGCGCCACGGCCGCCCACUUCGCCGAACAGAUCGACGCAGUAGAGAAAUGGCUCAACGGAUAUGUGUCAUCGACAUCCAAGCUGUUGCACGAUAUUCUCGCCCUCGAAGAGACGAUCAACACAUACCUCGCCAAGACGACCCCGUCGACUGAUGGCGUCAUCGAUAAUGACUACACCUUCCUUGCCUUGAAACGAGUCGGCGAUGGCUCCCGCGAGUGCUGGAUGCAGCUUCUGAGUAGCAUGAAGAGAAUGGAGAGCUCCGUCGUCGAGCCCGUCCGGGGGUUUCUAAUGGGGGACAUGCGCAACUUCAAGGAGAUACGGAAGGUCCUGGAGCAGGCGCAGAGGGCGUUCGAUUCCACCUUGGCUCGAUACGUCUCCCAAUCCAAGACGAAGGAGCCCUCUGCCCUACGAGAGGACGCAUUCUCCGUAUACGAAACAAGGAAGGCCUAUCUCCAGGCAUCGAUGGACUACUGCCAGCUCGCUCCCCAGGUGCGAUUUACUAUGGACAAGCUGCUAGUCAAGGUGUCAAAUGAAGCCUGGAAGGAGAUGAAGAAGGGCCGUGACGCUGCGACCAGUGCGACUCGGUUCGAGCAGGAGAUGGAGCGAGUACGGGGCUGGGCAAAGGAGAUGGAAACGUCCGAGGGCAUCUUCAGACGCGAGCUUCAGAUCGCGCGGCGGGACUUGGGUGAGAACGCAAUGACGGGCUGCAAGCCGUCGCGUGAGUUGGAGGACUACAGCACUUCAACCGUCCCCUUCCUCGGCUCUCGCGGCCCUGUCAGUCUCCAGCCCAAGGAUAGCCAGGCAGUUAUCUCUGAGAAGCAGGGCUGGCUGUUCCUGAGGACUCUGUCUGGAAAACCCGCGAGACACAACUGGGUCAGACGGUGGUACUAUUGCCGAGACAAGGUUUUUGGAUGGCUUAUCCCAGGACCUCUGGGUGUCGUUCAGGGCGACGAGAUUGGUGUUUUGCUGUGUAAUGCACGGCCAGCUGUUAGCGAGGACCGGCGUUUCUGCUUCGAGGUCAAGACGAAGAGCCAGAGCUUAUUGCUGCAGGCUGAGACGCAAAAUGAGCUGACUGAAUGGCUCGAGGUCUUCGAAUUUAUGAAGAAGAAGGCCUUCGAGUCCAGCAUGGAUCGAGAUCUCAACGCUUCAGGCAACCUCGAUCCGGCCUUCUCAGUUACUCCCCCAGGCAUUCCUGAGUUUUCUGCCAGGACUUUGGACGCGCAUCUCAAGCUGGGAGAAGAGCCAAUUCCUCCGCCUGAGAGAGCUGGUACCCUACCUGUCCCCAGCCCAGAUCUAACGUUAAGCAACAGGCCGAGCUUCGAUGUUAACGGCACCUUGACUCGCCGAUCAAUCACUGCCUUGAAACAAGAUUUGGCACGAGAAGAAGGCGAGAGCGGACGAGAGCACGCAGCAAGGAUCAUCCAGAGGCUUGAUCUUCACCGCAAAGCUACGUUCGGUGCCGGCGCUGAAGCAGCCCUUGCAAGCUCUAGCGGCUCUGCUGGAGGGCUGGCAAGCUUGAUGUCGGCCAGCCAUGCCAUGUUGCCCUCACAUGCUGGUUCCAACUCGCCAAAGCAAUCAGCCGUGAGAUUGACGUCUGUAGACACUCAAGGAGGAACACUCGCCCCCCUGACCCUGGCAAAACCUCCUGCGGUAACGAACCUGAGCCGGACUGCCGUUCUGACAGCAGCAACGCGAGCUGCUAGCAGCAGCCAAAAGAAAGUCCUGCCUUCAGUCCUAGCCAACUACUGGGGCACAAAUGUCUACAACGAGAUACAGGUUUCAGAGGAGCCCGUCCUACCCAGGAUGGACGAUGAUGAUCCUGUCGGUGUUGUUGUUUCUGCCGCACAAUCUGAUUCCCUCGAUAAGGCCGUUCAGGACAAGCAGGCAAAGGAUCCACUGCCACUUCAUUAUCCUCCAGAACUACGGUUUCAGAACGCACAAUUUAGAUUGCUGUUCCCCAAUGUUCCGACGGGCGAGAAUCUUGUGCUGGUUUUCCGCGCAGCUUGGUCCAGUUCAUCGGCUACAGAGUCAAAAUCCCCAGGAUUGGCAGGAGAUGGUCGCAUCUACGUUACACCGGAUAACAUGUACUUCUAUGGCCAGCAGAUGGGUCUUGUUUCGGCCUAUCGCCUAAGUUUGGACACGAUCUCAGAAGUCACAGCCGCCCCAGGCAGAGAAUGUGAUUACAUCUAUCUGCAUUUCGGCCAGAACGAGAGCAAUGAUACCGGCUUCACGCGGCUUACGAUCAAGAUCUUCCUCGACGAGCUUCGCGUCUUGCAUGCACGACUGAACUUACUUGUCGAUGAUCUUCAGGCAGAAGAGCCAAUGGAGACAGAGGCACUCAUUUCUGCGUUGAUACAAAUCGAGAAGGAGGAGUUUGAGAGGCCAAGCCCCGGUGCCGAGAGUUGGGAAGAAGUACCUGGCGACACACCCAUAGACAAUGGCACUCUUGGGGGACGGCCAGUGCGCGAGCGAUCAUUCCGAGAAGCAACCCCCAGGGUACUGUCAGGAUCGAGGUUCGCUUCGUCGAAGCUGCAAAUGCCGCUGCAUCCAGUAGUGUACGAGCCCGAUGACAUGAAGGAACUAGCAGCAGAGAGACACUUUGAAAUCAGUGCAAAGUCUUGCUUCCAUGUUCUCUUUGGAGACAAGAGCUUCGUUUUCCCGAAGCUCUAUUUUGAACACCGUGCCCAGCAGAUCGCGCAAGGGCCUUGGGUUCAGAUAGAUCAAGGCCGGAUGCGCCGCGAGUUCCAAUUCAAGGUCAAAUCGGCCGACAUGUUGGGGCGAUCUCAGACAGCCGAGAUAACGGACUAUCAGGUGAUUGAUCUGCAUAGCGACCAUGUCACGUAUGUUGUCACACAUACCAGAACUGCUUGGCAUUUGCCUUAUUCGCAGCACUUCAAGCUCGUCACCAAGAUCGUUAUUACACACCUGGCCAAAACAAGGUGCAAGCUUGCCAUUUAUGUUAGAAUCGAUUGGUCCAAGUCUCCAGCUUUGUCGAGGAACCUUGUCGAACGUCAAGCAAUGAGGGACAUUCGAAACGACGCUGACGAGCUCGCUGAGCUAGCUACAGACCAAGUCCGCAAGCUAGGCGCGAGAACGCGGACAACAAGGGCAAUUCAGGUGUACGGGCAAGUUGGGCAGCAAACUCAGGUCGUCGUCUUUUCUCCCGCCGCUAGAGACAGCAGCCGGAAACAGGCCACCAAGCCACGCACCCUCACGGCCCUGGUGUGGGAAACCGCGAGAUCCUUCGGGGAGAGUGCUGUCUCGUCGCUCAUCAUGUGGUCAAUCGCCGUCUUGAAGAAGGUGUUCAGCAUUUUCACAGCAAACCGGCUGAUUCUUGCUGUCCUGGGACUGAGCAUUUUGACCAACUUAUUGAUCACCUCGACCGAGACUGCUGCUUGGUGGAAGGAAAGACGAGCAGCAGGCUUCAUGAGACACUUGGGUGUUGGACCAAAUAUCCUCAUGAGUAAGGCCAUUUACAUGGCCGAUCUCGCUGAGGCAACUGGAGCGAAUGGCAAUGAGGAGCUGUUCCCACACAACAGUACUUGCUUCACUGGGUUCCAGGAUGUCUUGAGCGCAACUGACAUGGAUUCGCCCUGGGAAGAUGCCGGCGUGUCGUUCACUGCACCGACGACCCGAUCAACAGCGCUGCGACUUCGAAGAACACGCCAACGGCUGGGCUCCUACAGACACGACCUCAUUGUGGCUAUGAGGGUGGUCAACAGUAUUGAGCGAGAGAUUCUUCAAUCGGAAUGGGAGAACUGGCUGAUGAAUGAGAGCGCCCAGUGCGAUGACCUCAGAGCAAUCCUCGACGGAGACGAUGAGAAUACCAAGAAGAAGAAUAGCGGUAGAAAAGCAAAGUCUUCACAAAGUGUUGUCGAAUCGAUGUCGCCGGAGAAGAAGAAAGUUCUGAGAGAGUGGAAGGACAAGUAUUGUGGAAGCUGCCAGCGAGAUCUUCAGACCGUGGUGGCGAAGAGGAGAGGCUCGGAUUUGUAUAAUGAUAUCCUUGUUUCCAAUUCCUGGAUUGUACAGAACUGUACAUAA